UAUAGCUCCAAAAGUUAUAGUUUAGAUAAACCAUUUUCGUUAAAUCAAACAAUUAUGGCCGCUUACAAGUUACUAUUACUCGUUGCAAUCGCUGCAACUGGUCUUCAGCUGUCAGUGUGUGAUGAAAAACCGGAAGUCACUAAGCGAGUUAUUGUUCCAGUACAAACAACUGUGAAGCCAGUAAUCGAAAAUAUCAAAUCUAAACCACAAGCACCUGCGAAGCCAGUAAUCGAAAAUAUCAAAUCUAAACCACAAGCACCUGCGAAGCAAGUAAUCAAAAAUACCGAACCUAAACCACAAGCACCUGCGAAGCCAGUAAUCGAAAAUAUCGAAUUUAAACCACAAGCACCUGCGAAGCAAGUAAUCGAAAAUACCGAAUCUAAACCACAAGCACCUGCGAAGCAAGUAAUCGAAAAUACCGAACCUAAACCACAAGCACCUGCGAAGCCAGUAAUCGAAAAUAUCGAAUCUAAACCACAAGCACCUGCGAAGCCAGUAAUCGAAAAUAUCGAAUUUAAACCACAAGCACCUGCGAAGCAAGUAAUCGAAAAUACCGAAUCUAAACCACAAGCACCUGCGAAGCAAGUAAUCGAAAAUAUCGAAACUGCAUCGCAAACAACUGCGAAACCAGAAAUAGAAAAUGCAGAAACUGCAUCGCAAACAACUGCGAAACCAGAAAUAGAAAAUGCAGAAACUGAAGCACAUGCCCUUGAGAGAAAAAUAUUUCAAAACAUAGAUGCUAAAUGGUUAGCCAUCGUUUACAAAAAAAAAACAGUAUUCGAAUGUGACUGCUCACAGUCCAACGUCGCAAAUGGUUUGGAACACUUAGCUCACGGUAUUUUAAUUUCUCCAAACUCUGUCGCUAUUCCCAUAGUUAAAAAACUGCCGAAAAAAUCUGAUCUAGUAAUUAGGGUGUACGAUAUGAAAUUAAAUUCAACAAUAACUAGAUCUACUCCUUACCAAGAACGUGAAGUUAUUUUAGUUCAUAGAAGUAUAAGGAAUACCAAAGCAGCACAUUUUGAAUUAUUGGGCUUCAAAGAUCCAAUUGAAAAUGUUGUUUCCCCGAAAAAUUAUGGAAUCAAGUCUGACCAUUGCUACCAAUUAUAUUUAAAUAAAAUUUCAAACGACUAUGUAUUCAGAGCAUUAGAAGUCGGAGAUCGUGCUUCCUAUGAAAGCGAUAUUAAUAUCUUCAUAGAAUUAAUGUAUAAUAAACACCUUUACGUGGGUGCAAUUAAAACAGUAGGACCCGUAAACGUCACCGAAGCAGUACGGGAUUUACCAUACGGAAGUCCUCUGGUCUGUUACGAUGUCCAACAUUCAACCACUAGUGUAAUUGGUGUCAAUGUGGAGCUAAAAGAAUUCGCAGGAGCGGAUACGAUUUACUAUUACAUGCAAACUAAUGGAGUAUUUCCUCUAUAAUAAAUACAUAUAUAUGUUCGAAAAAAUUUUAUUAACCUUAUUAUGUAAAACUACUUUGUAAAAGCUUGAUCAAAUAUAAAAACUAAU